GGAGCCAAUUGUCAGCAGUGUGCCACACAACUUGUCCAGGCAAAGUUGCAAGUGACAAGAAAAAAAAGCAGCUCUAUACACAAAAUAUAGUCGUAAAACUUUAUUUUUACUGCUCAACUUUUUUGAGUCGUUUCUUUGCAGCAAAGUUUUCCCCUCCAAAAAUAAGCACGAAUAAAAUUCAAAAAGUUUUGCUGACUGCAGCCAAAAUUAUACGGAGAAAAAAAAAAUCUCAUUAAAAAAUCAUUUGAACCAAAUCAUCAACUUGAGUCAUCGUUCAUUCUGCACAUCACCCAAAAUGUUUGCCCGUGUGUUGGUAAGAUCACGCAAUUCAUUUACCUCGCAGCUCGUGAUAUGCGUGGUACAGCUGAUUGCCCAGGCCUAUUGCUAUGGUUACCAGCCACCCGCCCAGCCGAGUUACUACCAACAACCUGCCCAGCCUAAUUACAAUCAACCCACUUAUCAACAGCCUAGUUACACGACUGCCAAACCAUACUACCCCAGUAGCAGUGCGACGUACUACACCACAACAGCCAAACCUUAUUAUCCGACGACAACUUAUCCGACGACACCUUACUACAGCACGACAUACCCCACGACUUCUUACUACACCACGAGCCGACCGACAUACGAAAAGCCAACAACUAGUUACUACCAAGAGCCAACUUAUUACGCAACGACCAAAGCCUACUACGUGCAACCAUCCUACACGACGGCUGCUUACUACCCCGACAACUACGAUGCUAACGAAAACGGAUGGUACAACUAUGCUUUCAAGUUCAACGUUAACGAUUAUGGUAACGAGCAAUCGAGAAGUGAGACUCACGAGAAUUCGGUUACUCGUGGACAGUACACCGUGAGCCUACCUGACGGGCGUAAGCAGAUUGUCAACUACGAAGCGGACCAGAACGGUUAUCGAGCUGAAGUGUCUUACGAACCUGCCGGAAGCAAUCAAUACAGCGAUAUGGAAAAUUAUUACAGUACAUCCAAAUACGGUUCGUCUCAAUACGAUUACCAAACGACGCCGACCUACAUCAACUAUUGAUUUCUCUCAACUCUGUACAAUUGACACUGUUCUCGACGAGAAUAAACGAAUUCUAUGACUUCA